AUGUUUAUGUUCAUUCGGGAGGGACCUGCCAGUGGGCCGGGCACCGGUUCUGGAACGAGCGGAGUGCAGGAGAAGACUCCCAAACAGGUACAGGCCGCCAUCAGGAAGAAGGUGGAGAAGCAGAGGAGGCGAAACUCUGAGCUCGUUGCCGGGGAGGAGAUGGACAAUAGCGCCAGACCCCCUCGGGCCAAGGCCCCCACCUUGUCCUCAGCUGCUGAGGAGGAAGAGGAGGAGGAACAGCAGGUUCACAAGGAGGCAGAGAGGGAGGCAUUGCAGGCAGAUCUGCUGCCUAUAGUGGACUCAGCCUAUGGCCAGAACAGGGACCUGCGACCAGAGGAAAUUGAAGAGCUGAGGGAGGCUUUCAAGGAGUUUGAUAAGAACAAGAAGGGCUUCAUCUACUGUAAAGACCUGGGCGAGUGUAUGAGGACCAUGGGCUACAUGCCCACUGAGAUGGAGUUGAUUGAGCUCAGCCAAACGAUUGGUGGCAGCAAAAUAGACUUUGAGGACUUUGUGGAGCUAAUGGGCCCCAAAAUGCUGGAGGAGACCGCAGACAUGAUCGGCAUGAAGGAGCUGAAAGAUGCCUUUAGAGAGUUUGACACAAAUGGAGACGGACAGAUCAGCCUUUCAGAGUUGAGGGAGGCCAUGAAGAAGCUGCUUGGAGAGCAGCUGAACCCCAGAGAGAUAGAUGAGAUCCUGCAGGAUGUGGACCUCAAUGGGGAUGGACUGGUGGACUUCGAAGAAUUUGUUCGCAUGAUGUCCCGUUGACCCUCGUUGUGAUCUGCUUAAUCUCAGAGAAGAACCAUGGAAGACUGAGAAAAUUCAUACAGGCAGAAAACAAGAAG